UUCCCGCGAAUUUUGGAGCCCGACAUGAUCCACAAUCCUUCUACUUAAGAGCGCCUCCACCAAGGACUUCCCAACCACAAACGCAAAGAACCAAAGCAACAAAGUAGCAAAGCAAAGAAGAGGAGUAGAGCAUCAGAAGAGAAAGAAAAGGCAAGAUGUGCGGCGGCGCGAUCUUGGCCGAGCUCAUCCCGACCGCGCCGGCGCGGCGCGUCACGGCGGGCCACCUCUGGCCCCAGCGCAAGCAGCAGCGGAGGGCCGACGACUUCGAGGCGGCGUUCCGGAAGUUCGACGAGGACUCCGAGGAGGAGCAGGACGUGAUGGUGGUACAGGAUGAGGAGGAGGUGGUCGACAGCACGCCGUUCGCGUUCCGCGCCUCCUCCCCCAACAGCAACAAGAAGCCGUCCGGCCCCGUCCGCCAAAGGAAGCCGGCGCAGUACAGGGGCGUGCGGCGCCGCCCCUGGGGCAAGUGGGCCGCCGAGAUCCGCGACCCCGUCAAGGGCGUCCGCGUCUGGCUCGGCACCUUCCCCUCCGCCGAGGCCGCCGCCCUCGCCUACGACCACGCCGCGCGCGCCAUCCGCGGCGCCGGCGCCAGCCUCAACUUCCCCUCCGCGACACCCGCUGCUCCCAGCAGCCGCAAGCGCGCCCGCGCCGAAGCGGCUCCCGCUGCCAGGGCAGCGACAACACCGGUCGUGAUCCUCGUCGACGAGGAGGAGGAAAAGAACACCGCCGCGCACGCGUCGUCCGUCGUCAAGCACGAAGCCGAGGCCACCGAGAGCUCCCAGUCCCGCGACGCCCUGCCGGACUUCUCGUGGCAGGGCAUGUCCGCCUUCGACGACGCCACGGCGCACCCCACCAUCCCCGUCCCAGAGCUCGAGAUCGAGCAGCCCACGAAGCGGACAAGGACGGAGCCGCAUGACACCGACGCGCUCUUCGACGCUCUCCUCUUCUCCGACCAGUUCCCCUUCUUCAACUGCGCCGCAGCCUACGACUCCCUCGACAGCCUCUUCAGCGCCGACGCCGUGCAGAGCGACGACCCGGCAUUGGGCCUCUGGAGCUUCGACGACACCUGCCUGCUCGACGGGUGCAGCUACUCCUUCUAGGCCUCCUUCCGUCGCAUCCGUCCAUGUCGUGUGGUGAUGUAAAUACUGUAGAUCAUUAGUGUAGUCUCGUGAAAUCCGUGUGAUCUCCCUUGGCUUGUCGUCGCUUCUUGGAAGGAGGUGAUGAGAGAUUGAGAGCUGUGUAAGAAUUGACCUCGUUAUGAAAUAUUUUGCCAUGCAAAA